AUGAGCGACUUGGUUGGGUUUGAAGUACCAAAAAUGGACUGGACCCCUGGCCCAGAUUUAUUAACUAGAUUCAAGAGAUUCCGCCAAAAGUGUGAACUGCUACUUGAUGGACCGUUAAAAGCUCGAGACGGCACUCAAAAAUGCAAAUAUGCGCUACUAUGGUCAGGCGAUUACGGAAUAGACUUAUUUAACACUUGGUCGCUAACCGAAGACCAACAAAAAGACCUGAAAGAAUACUGGAAAAGAUUCGAAGACCAUGUUAAACCACAAGCAAACCAUAUCUUGAACAGAUAUUAUCUACGAGGUCUGAAACAGAAUAAUCGUCCCCUAGCCACCUUCCUGACUGAAGCAAGGCUACUCAUACAGAGCUCAGGUUACCCACCUGACUUACAUGACGAACUCAUGCGUGACACAUUAGUUUUCGGCACCGAUUCGGAAGAGGUCAGACGAAAAUGCAUUGCCCGCGGUAAUGAAUUAACCUUUGCAAGGGCAAAAGAAAUUGCACGAACUGAUGAGGCUACCCAGAUGCAAUUAAAAGCAAUGAGUGACACUACAAACCCAAAGCAAGAAGAAGGGGAAGUCAAUGCAAUCAGCAGAGGAAACAAGCCCAGAAACCAGCCCCACCAAAGGUACACCAGUGGUAGAGGAAACAGACGACGUGACAACAACCUAAGACAGUGCUACAGAUGUGGGAGACACACCACACACCAAAGACCAGCAGUGCCCAGCCACUGGAGUAGAAUGCUUCAACUGCAACAAACGCGGUCAUUUUAGCAAAGUUUGCAAGUCUAAAACAAGGUCAGAUGUGAUGACCCUACAAAAAGAACAACCUGAUGGUGUAACAAGUGAAUGCACAAGCUACGACAAAGUCUUCCUGGGAACACUAGAAGCCCGAGACAGCCCCAGUACCUCAAUGAUCGCAAGCAUUGAACAAAAAGAAAAACAACGCACCAAAGUCACGACUGAAAUACAAGUCACGGUAGACCCCCAUGAUACACACCUGAUACCUAUUAUCUGCAAGGUCGACACUGGUGCAGAAGUUAAUGUCAUCUCCAAAGACGACUAUGACAGACUCAACCGCAGUUCCCAGCAGAUACCCCUUGGCCCAACACACCACAGGAUUACUGCGUAUGGAGGCCACGCCAUCAAGACCCUUGGAACCUGUCCACUAUACGUCCAUCAAAAUGGCAGCAUUAAAGAAGUCGUUUUCAAUGUUACUGACGUACCAGGACCUACAAUGCUUGGCUGUAAAACCUGCGAGGAACUUGAGCUGGUAAAAUUUAAUUGCAGCCUAGAAACCUCCAAAGAAGACAAAGAGACCCGCCUUAAAGAACACAGACCAUGCAAACCGCACCAAAGGACCAGCAGAUACCCUAGCCGUCUAGACACUGAAACAUACCCCCACUGGACAGGAUAACCUUCUUCAACAACUUCGGAGACUGCUUUGAAGGCCUGGGAACCUUCAAUAUGAAACCUUAUCACAUCACCCUAGACUCCAAUGCUGAACCUGUCAUCCACGCACCACGUACCGUACCAGUACACCUUCGAGACAUGUUUAGAAAGGAAAUCAACACCAUGGUAGAACUUGGAGUGCUCAUACCCGUAAGCGAACCCACAGACUGGGUUAAUAGCAUCGUCCCUCUGAAACAACCAACGGCAAAGGAGAAGUCACCAAAAUCAGAGUCUGCCUCGAUCCACGUGACCUAA